UUUCCGAGAGUGUCAUUUUUUGUAGAGGAGCAUCAGGCCCUUGCUGUUGAUAUCCAUCCCCCAUGGCGCAGUCAGCUUCCGACGACUCAGCGUCGACCCAUGGAAUUCGGAAGAUCCAGUCCCUCGACGCCCCUAAGAAGCGCAAGAUCGACUCCGCGCUCGCUGAGUCUGAAUCGCGCGCCUCGAAACAGACGAGAAUUUCCCAAUUGGACUCCCUACCUGUUCCCACGGCCUCCUGCCAAGUCUUCGACAUUCCCACUGGAAAGCUCGAGGAGUUUUUCACCGUGGAAUCAGCAAUGCUUGGGGCCGGCCACAUCGGCGUCGUGAGGCGCUGCAUUGAGAAUGCGACGAAGCAGGCCUUCGCGUGCAAAUCAAUCGAUAAAAACCGCUUGACGACGUCAGCGGCGAGGGACGAAGUGCGGCGCGAGGUGGCGGCAAUGCAGAGCGUGGCGGGGCAUCCGGGCGUGGUACAAUUGCGGGCAGUCUUCGAAGACGAGCGACAGGUGCACCUCGUCAUGGACCUGUGCGACGGUGGCGAACUCUUUGACGAAAUUGUGCGUCGGCAGAGGUUACCCGAGCGAGACGCAGCGCUAUUUUUUCGUCAAAUAGCCUCCGCCGUCGCGUUCUGUCACUCCAAGGGCGUAAUGCACCGCGAUCUGAAGCCCGAGAACAUCCUCCUCGCAUCCCCGCCUUCCGCGCGCGUCCCCUCCGUGAAGCUCGCCGAUUUUGGCUUCUCAAUUCCCAUCCCCUCGGGUCAUCGCGCGUGCGGCGUCGCGGGGUCGCCGUUUUACAUGGCUCCCGAGGUGCUGAGCGGGGAAUACGGCGCGGAGGCGGACGUGUGGUCGCUGGGCGUGGUGCUGUACGUGCUGCUGAGCGGCACCCCGCCGUUUUGGGGCGCGGACGACAACGCCGUGUUCCGCGCCGUGCUGGACGCGCCGUUGGACCUCACGAGCGGCGCGUGGGCGGGGGUGUCGGCGGAGGCCAAGGGGCUGCUCCGCUGCAUGCUGCACCGCGACCCGCGCCGACGACCCUCCGCCGCCAAGCUGCUCUCGCACCCCUGGAUCCUCGUCCACGCCUUCGGCGGCCGCGUUGUGCGCCGCGCCGUUGUCGCAACGUCACCAAGGCGCAUGGGGGGCGAUGCUGCUGUUCCGCUCUCCGCCUAGGAGAGGCCCCGCAGGAGCAGGCGAGUGAGGCGAAUUUGCGAACAUUUUUCCGCGGAACAUUGCGAGCAUAGGGGGAUGCCAACCCAAGCGUUUUGACGUUACUACUGAGUGUAUAUAUUGAGCUUAGAGCCUUGCACGUGGCCCAAGUCCCUCAGCUGCUGGUACUCCAGCCAGGAGGCUUGGCUUGGCAUGCUGCCUAAUGAGUUGUUGAGCUGU